AUGGGCGUUCUGUCUGGGGGCUGUUGGCUUGCCUGCGGCGCCGAGAAUCGGCAAGCGAGGGCAGCUGAGUUGCCUGUCGGUCUCUCCAACACAUUGCAUAUCAUGGCGUCAAAAUCUUCCGAGAUGGACUUCCUCAAUGACUACGAUGGCGGCAAGUCCCCGCAGGCUGCGCAACACCUCCAGUUACCGACGCACCGGGACUUUGCUAAGCCUCUCAGCGACGAUCAGCUUCAUGAUGCAACGGACCCUCAAUUCGACAGGGAAUGCCGUGGCUCGCUCAGUGGCAACAGGCCUUUUCUCGACACCGCUUACAGGCGAGUCGCACACCCGGCUCUCGACGAGGCCGUCUCUGAGAGCAAUAGGCUGGCGGCCUGGCGGUCAUGCCACAACGGACUCUUCCGCGCACGGCACGGGGAAUGGUUGGAUGGCGAAGACGUCUACUAUCUCGCCAACAGACUCUUGACGUGGUGUCAAGAGCAGCGACCAGCGCGCCUAGGCUCCAUCUCGCAGGGAAAGUGGUGGAUUCUCCCUGAGCAUUACAACCUGCUUGUUCGGGACCCAACCGCGGGCGGCUGGCAAGAAGAGGCUCCCGAGCUGGGGAGCGGACACUACUCUCCAGGAGCAGCAAACCUCCACAAAAAGGCGUUCGACAACGCCAAGAUCACCGUACACUUUGUACACUUCUCGGCGCACUGGGCUGUGCUGUUCUACCGGCGCUCGACCGGGCAGAGCUGGUACAUCGAUUCAAUGCCGGAGGGCGCCGCGUUCCGGAGCCGACAGGCGCGAGAGGCACUGAGGGACUGGCUUCAACGCUCAGGGAGGCCCAUCCCCGACCCCAAAGCAGACCACUUUCUGGAAGUAAAUCCCGAGCAAGAGGAUGAGUGGAGCUGCGGGAUCCAUGUAAUCGCCAAUGCCAUGGCAUUCAUCCGCUUCGAGGCCAUAGGAUGGCACAGGAUCCCUGAGUGGAGGCAGAAGAAGUCCAAGGAGGUGCGCAAGGCACUCGUCACAUGCCUGCAUCAGCUCAUGGGGCUGAAAAUUGACCCCGAGCAUAAAUCCCCCGGAUCGGCGAAAAGAGCGAAAAAGAGGAAGCGUGUGGCCGGCCUUCGAUCCACUGAGGCGGACAGCUCGGCUGCCACAGGACAGCAGGCAGGCCCCCAGAACCAGUCCGCAGGACAGCAGGCAGGCCCUCAGAUCCAGCCAUCCCCCAAACCCCAAGUAGUCCAGCCCCGGCAGAAGACGACGACGCCGGAAAAGCCUCCAGCAAGAAGGCCACCCACCCAGCCCAGCGAGCCCCAACCCGCCGCGCCCCCUCAGCAGGUGCUGGUGCAGGUACCAGAGACGUUCGGAGUCCGCAGAGCCCCGCCGGGCCGCGCGCUCGUCCGGGCCAUUCGCGCGCGCGCUGCGCGCGAUGUCGCGGCCCGCCUGGCCCAGCUGCGCACCGAAGUCCAGCAGCGCGCGGCGGGCUUCAAGGCGGGCGAGGAGGAGACAGAGCUGGCGAACAGACGAGCAGCCGAGCGGGCCGUGGCGGCAGAAGCUAGAAGGGCAGCGCAAAAGGAGGCGGCACGGGCCGCCGCGGCGGCAGCAGCAGCAACAGCAGCAGCAGCAGCACCACUACCACCACCACCGCCCGCGCAGCAACCUGCGCAACCCGCCAAGGAGCUCAAAAUCAAGGGUCUAGCAUCCGACUUGCAGAAAGACCAACGCAAGCGCAAGUCCGGCUCAAGCGGCAAGAAGACCGCCGGCCGUCCCCGAAAGAAGCAGAAGACCGCAGCCGCCGCCGCCGCCGCGGACGACGACGAGAACAUCCAGUACCAACCCCAGCAGCUCCGAGGAAGAACCAGGACCAGCACCCGCACCCGCACCCGCACCAGCACCAGCGCCAGCAGCACCAGCACCGGCACCAGCAGCACCAACAAAGCGGACCUCCUCCAAGCGCAAAGCAGCGGAGCACGACAAUGA